GGAUGUCACACCACGUGGCCCUCUUGCGCUAUCGAGUGUAAUUAUAACACAUUGGCUUUGGGCUUUAAAAUUACAAGCCUGCCCACGGAUUGUUUCAUCUUCUUCUUAAAAUAAUGUACCCCUUCAAAUCCGUGAGUAGGCCUUUAGUUAAGACAGAAUGCAGGUGUUACGGAGGCGCUUGUUGAACGGGAGGCACAAGGCGUAUAGAAGGCACUAGGACCGGGGAGAGUUCCCUCUCAGGAGCGCAGGCUAUGAGCAUCGCAUCCACAUAGCGGGGCUGUGGAGGAAACCCCCCCAUCGGAUCUGGCAAUACAGGAUACUUGCGAUUAUAUCCAUAUAUUUAUUUUCCAGUCUGUGGCGUGGUGCGGUUUAGCGGAGUGCACAGUCCUGCGUUUGGGAUGGUUGGGCACACUCCAGAGAAUUCCUGAUCGAACCUCUUGGCAAAAGCGAGCAGGCAGAUUUAGGGGGGAGUUCAGUAGGCUACGCUCUUCUAUUGCCCCCCGUUCGUUUUGUAAAUGCCAUAUUUGUUGCCUUUUAUUUUGUAGUUGGUCAUAAUUUUUACUAUAGAAACCCCCUUUUCUUCGAUCUCUCAGUCUCUCACCAAAAUGCACGUCUGUUUAUUGAGUGAGUUUGGCACUUCUUCAUCCGUCUGAGAACAGAAACAAGAUCCACAUCUUUCUCUUUGGAUUAAACUUCCGUUUAAACCGCCUCGGCUAUCGUCCGAAUGGGUGAUCUGCUUGAAAUACAGUUCUUCAGUGGCACCCUGACACUCCAUGGAAACAUGUUCUCUCUGGCUGAUCUCCGUCGCUGUGAUGUCCAAAGCUUUCCCCACUGACUGACGGACGCUCGUGGAUCAUUUUGUAAAGCGAUUUGAAGGCUGUUAGGUCAAGGGGAAAAUGAGGCCUCCUAGCCCUCUCCUGAUCCUGCUGUAUGUCACCCUGUCCCGCGCCAUGAAGACAGUCUCCAAGAGAGGCUCAGUUGACCUCUGUACAGACUGGUCAGUGGAUUACCUGAAGUACCGUGUGCUGCAGGGAGAGCCGGUGAGGCUGAAGUGUGCCCUGUUCUACGGCUACAUCCGGGCCAACUACAGCCAGGCUCAGAGCGUGGGCCUCAGCCUCAUGUGGUACCGCAGCACUGGCCUGGGCCACGGAGACUUCGAGGAGCCCAUCUCCUUCAACGGCGUGCGCAUGAGCAAGGAGGAGGACGCCAUCUGGUUCAGACCGGCCGACCUGCAGGACGUGGGCCUCUACUCCUGCGUUCUACGGAAUUCAACCUACUGUAUGAAGGUGUCCAUGUCUCUCCACGUGGCUGAGAACGACACAGACCUCUGCUACAACUCUGACAUGAGACAUAUGGAGAAGGCCGAACUCAGCAAGAGCAAAGACAUCACCUGUCCAGACAUAGAGGACUACAUAGAACCUGGGAAAGACCCUCAUAUCAUCUGGUUUAAGGAGUGUCGUCCUAAGCAGUGGCGGGCCUCCAUCCUCCAGAGAAGAGACUCUCUGUCCAUCAGAGAGGUCAAAGAGGACGACAUCGGCAACUACACCUGUGAGGUCACCUUCGGGGCCUUCGUGGUACACAGGACCACUGAGCUCACCGUCACAGGUAAGAUGGAGGGUGGGAUGAAGCGGUGUACCUCUUUAGGAUAUCACUUCUUCUUCCUGCAGCGUUUUUCAGCUUUUUGACUUUUCUCCAUUCUACUGCUUUGCGUUUGUGUUGUAUGUUGUAGGUGAUUCUCUCUCUCACACACACACACACACACACACACACACACACACACACACACACACACACACGCACGUCUCUCUAUAGUGCUGUGGCCUCCUGCUGGUGUGUUAAUUGAUGUGUUGGCCCGUAAUGCAUGUCUUGGUCCAGAUCAGCACUUUACAACCUGCCAAACACUGCUAAGCCCCUUCCACACAGAAAGCUAAAGAGCCA